AUGGAGUUUGAAAAUGCUGAAACGGUUUCAUCGUCGAAUUAUGAGAUAAACAAGAUUAAUGGAGAAAGCUGUCUGAAUUUUUCACCAAUUUUUGAUGAUUCACCAGAUCCAUCUGUAGUGGACAACAUUUAUGAUGUGUAUCCUCAUCAACGGUGGUAUGCUAAUGCUAGUUUGCGUCUCAUAAAUAAUCCGGAUAUAAAAUUUGGAUUUUUUUCAUCGUUUUCUCGGCAAUGCCAAGAUUCACGGCGGUGUAGAAAUUCUUUUUUUUAUGAUUCCUGUGCAUGGGCUUUAAUUGAUAUUGCUGAUGAAAAAUAUUAUGCCGAUAGUUUAUUAGACCACCGUUGCUUAGAUGAAAUGCGUCUUCGUAUGAGUCAUGAAACCGGAAAAUCAAAAAACUGCUUGCACAAGGCACUAUUUGAAUCCAUGAAAAAGGGAAAGCUUCCUAGACCUGAUCGCUUGGCCAAAUCACAGGCAAAGUAUCAGAUAAAACCAUUCUUUCGUAUUAGCCUUGAUGACGAAUGUAUUCUCGAGAUUACACAAUCUGGUUGCAACCGCAUUUAUCAUUUUAUUCACGUUAAUCCAGUUCGGAAAGUUUCAGUUGAUUUAUUUUUCGAAACUGAAGGUAAACCAUUUCAACAUAGCAAAAACGACAUAGUUAACACAUUUUCUUACUAUUUUCCAAUGAUGCGUGUUAGUGGACGUAUUACUGUAUCUGGACAUGUAAAGGAUGUUGUUGGAGAAGGAUGGUACAAUCGCGAGUUUGAUGCCUUGUUAUCUGAAGCAAGCAGGGGUGCACUUAGCGCAUGUAACUGGCUCUCACUGCAUCUAUCUAACGGAUCUCAAUUUAGCAUCUUUAAUGUUAUGGACUUUGAGGCAACGAAAACAAAGAAGUGUUUUGGAGUUUACACUUCUAAUGGGAAAGGGCAUAUAUGCACAGAUAUUUCUCUCGAAAUAGAAAAUAAGUGGGUCAGUUUAGCAACCUUUAUGACGUAUCCUUCUCAUUUUUCAGUAAACGUUCCUUCAAUAGGAUUGAAUUUUAAACUCUUCCCCACGUUCAACGCACAAGAGUUUGCUACUGUGCUGAUGACGGGAGGUGUUUUUUUUGAAGGCUGUGUGGUUGGAAAAGGAACAGUUAAUGGAAGCAACAUCAUCUUAAGGGGUUUUUUAGAGCAUAAAAACUAUAUUCCUUAUUCCGAACCGAAGGAUUUACUGAAUAUCGCCAGUAAAUAUAUUCAUGACACAUUAAGUCAGCUAUAUCCCCUGAAGGCAACUGAUGCGUGGUUGCAAGAUAAUGUGCUAGGGCACUACGCAUUCCCAAAUAAAAUUCCUGCUGAUAAGAUAUGCGAAACUUUAUUUUUACCGGUUCGCUCUUUGAUAGACAGAGGGGGUAAGUCAUGGCGCAGCUUACUUCUUGCGUCUUGUUGCAAUGCAUUGUCUCAAGACUAUUUUAACUGUUCAUCCUUUUUAGCUAUGACUGAGCUUCUUCAUGUAGGGUCAUUGAUAAUUGACGAUAUUCAGGACAAUUCUCUUGUUCGCCGUGGUGGAAAGUGCAUACACAUUGAGUACGGUAUACCCACAGCAAUUAAUGCUGGUACAGCUUGCUAUUUCAUGGCUUCAUACGUUGCUGGUAUUGAUACGCUUGCUGAAAACAAGGCGAAUAAAGUCUAUAAGUUAUACCUUGAUCUCCUUCGAAUCGGUCAUUUAGGUCAAGGGCUUGACAUUUACGGACUCAAUUAUUUAAUGCCGCAGGCUGUGGCUUCUGGUGAUGUGUGUCCGCUGCUAGAGGCACUUAGAACUAUUUACACUUACAAAACUGGUGGCAUUACCAGCACUUUGUGCUCAAUUGCAUGUGUUUUAUGUAGUGCCGAUCCCAAAGUAUCCGAUGCAAUGAAAAUUUUUGGGACUAAUUUAGGCUUGGCUUUUCAAAUCGUAGACGAUGCUCGAAAUUUAAAAGGGUCUAAGGGUGAUUUAAAAGAAAAUGAAGACAUUCGUAACGGUAAAAUUACGUAUCCAGUCGUAAAGGCCGUGUCAAGACUUUCCGCAUCCGAUCGGGAGUUACUUUGGGAUGUCAUAAAAUCAAAGCCAUCCGAUCCUAAGGUUGUAAUGGUCGCUAUAAAACUUAUUGAAAAAGUUGGAGGUACUGAUUUGUGUUUACAAGAUGCCCAAGAUUUGAUUGCAAGUGCAUGGUCCGUAUUGGAUCCUCUGUUAGAUGAAUCAAUUUCUAAGAACAUUAUGUUUACAUUUAGUAAGUUUCUACUCGAUUUCACUUGUUAA